CGGAGAGGCGGAAGCGGCGGCGCGGCCAUGGCGGCGGCGGGCGUGGGGCAGCAGUGGGUGCUGGUGGAGAUGGUCCAGGCCUUCUACGAGGCUCCAGCUUACCAUCUCAUUUUAGAAGGAAUUCUAAUACUAUGGAUAAUCAGACUUCUUUUCUCCAAGACAUAUAAGCUUCAAGAGCGAUCUGAUCUAACACUUAAGGAAAAAGAAGAGUUGAUUGAAGAAUGGCAGCCAGAGCCUCUUGUACCUCCUGUGCCAAAAGAUCACCCAGCUCUCAAUUACAACAUUGUUUCAGGUCCUCCCACCCAUAUAAUCACCGUUAAUGGCAAGGAAUGUAUAAACUUUGCAUCAUUUAACUUCCUUGGACUUUUGAAUAAUGAAAAAGUUAAGAGUGCAGCCCAGGCUUCUCUGAAGAAAUACGGUGUUGGCACUUGUGGACCCAGAGGAUUCUAUGGUACUUUUGAUGUGCACUUGGAAUUAGAAGAACGGCUAGCAAAAUUCAUGAGGACAGAGGAAGCUAUUAUAUACUCAUAUGGAUUUGCAACAAUUGCCAGUGCUAUCCCUGCAUAUUCAAAGAGAGGGGACAUUGUGUUUGUAGAUGAAGCUGCCUGCUUUGCUAUUCAGAAGGGAUUACAAGCAUCUCGUAGUAACAUCAAGUUAUUUAAGCAUAAUGAUAUGGCUGACCUUGAACGACUGUUGAAAGAACAAGAGACUGAAGAUCAAAAGAAUCCUCGCAAGGCCCGUGUAACUCGAAGGUUUAUUGUAGUGGAAGGAUUGUAUAUGAACACAGGAGACAUUUGCCCUCUUCCAGAGUUGAUAAAAUUGAAGUAUAAAUACAAAGUUAGAAUAUUUUUGGAGGAGAGCCUUUCCUUUGGAGUCCUUGGAGCACAUGGAAGAGGAAUUACUGAGCACUUUGGAAUAAAUAUUGAUGAUAUAGAUCUUAUUAGUGCAAACAUGGAAAAUUCAUUGGCUUCUAUUGGUGGAUUUUGCUGUGGAAGAUCUUUUAUUAUUGACCAUCAGCGAUUGUCUGGUCAAGGCUAUUGCUUUUCUGCCUCCCUACCUCCUUUGUUAGCUGCUGCUGCUAUUGAGGCUCUGAAUAUUAUGGAGGAUAAUCCAGAUAUUUUUCAGACUCUCCAGGCUAAAUGUGAACGGAUUCACAAAGCUUUACAGGGGAUUUCUGGUUUAAAAGUAGUAGGGGAAUCUUUUUCUCCAGCAUUGCACUUACAGUUGAAGGAGAGCUGUGGAUCUCGAGAAAAUGAUGUGAAGUUACUUAAAAGAGUUGUGGAUUAUUGCAUGAAUAAUGGUAUUGCGUUAACACAGGCUCGCUAUUUGGAGAAAGAAGAAAAAUGUCUUCCUCCACCCAGUAUUCGAGUAGUGAUAACAGUGGAACAAACAGAACAAGAACUGGACAAAGCUGCAUCACUUCUUAAGGAAGCUGCACAGUCUGUGUUGAAUUAGACUGCCGUUUUUUGGAUUCCUCUUUCCCUACAUUAUCAGGAUAAAUGUUUUACACUGACAGUGACUUACAGAUUCUUCCACUGAUGGCACUGGAAGCUGACUAACAAAAUUGUUCUAGAGUGAUACAAAUGCAGUAAGGGGAAGAAUGCUGAAUUUUGGAGUUAGUGAAUGACAGUGUUGUUCCAGUUCAAACUCUGCCAUUUACUCACAUUACUUAAAAUGGGAUAUCACUAUUGAAUUCAUGACUCUUUCAUAAGUUAGUAUAAAAAGUUUUAAAUUUAUUUCCUCAACCCUUAAACGUUCUCAAAAAUGUGUAUAAACAUUCAGUUUCUCCCCAAACCAUGUAAAAUGUGUUGUUUUUUCUCCAUUUUCUCAGAAUGUGGGAACUUAAAAUAAAUUUCAAUUAUCCCUCCCCACCUUCCAAAUGAAAAUACACUUUUCCUAAUAUUACCAAAAGGAUAACACAUUAAGAUAUAAUUUUGUGCUAUAUUAUGUCAUUUAUUAUUGAAUUAUAGGAGGGAAGACCUUCAAUUCUUUUUGUUUAUAUAUCUUUCUCUAACCAUUUUUGGCAGCCAGGUUUUAAGAAAGCGUGGCCGGAGAGUAAAUUCAUAUCAAAUACUAUUUAAUUUUUGCAUUCCGUAUGUAAUUAUAUGCAUGUUUGAUAUUAUAAGUGAGGCUUUUCGUACUAUUCUCUUUAAAAUAUCUAAAUUCAAAUGUCUGAAUUGUGAAACUGCUGUAAUUCCAGUAUAGUAUGUUCAGAUAAGGGAGCUUUGUACCAGCCUUGAAGAGGAGUAAUAGGCAGCAUGGAAAAUGAACCAAGGUUUUGAAACAGCAAGUAAAUACUAGCUUAGUCAAAGUAUUUUUAAGCACAAAAAUGAUAUGUGCUUUGUUUUAUCUGUAAACAUCUAUACCUUAGAAGGGAAGACUCACAGAUAGCUACUAAGAGUUUAGAUGGUACAAAUACUACUUAAACACAAGUCAAUCUGUGCACAUACAAUUCCCGAGUAACUUGAAAGUAAUGUUUGGAGGUUGUGCUGUCAGGAUUUUAAAUAAGCACAGAUGGACAUUACAUAUAUGGACACUUUACUUCAAUCAGGAAACUGGUAAGGAAGUACAUAUCUUUUUAUAAAACAGAAAAUACAGCUUUUUAUUUCACGAUUUUGCUUUAAGAACGCUGUCAUGGUUUGACACUGGCACAAUGCCAGUCCCCUAUGAAAAUAUACUUCUCUGGUGUUUGCUGUGAGAUGUGACUAGGAAAUAAGCAAAGCAGGCCUCCAGCUUAGAAAAAAAAGGUUUAUUAACUAAACUACAAAGGGAAAAAAAACUACACACACACACACACACACACCUGGAAAAUGAAAACUCCACAAAAACAUUUCCUCCUCCCCCUACCACAUUUCCAGUACAUCUUCCAGAUUUCAAGUCUCUAUCCAUCACCCUGUAAAUACUCAAUUUCAGUCUAUCAAGAGGAGAGGAGUCUUUCUUGGGGCUAUGGUGACUUCUUCUUUGCAUGCUCAGUGCUCUCACCACUGUGCAUGGAACAGAGCUGCUUCAAGGGUUAUCCUUUUAAGGGUGCUUUGACCAGUUCUAAAAAAAGCACAGUUUUCUCUCACUCUCGGGAUUUCUUGUCCCCCCCAUACUUGUCUACUCUCUGGGGCCAGGGGGUCUCUAAAACUGAACCCUCUCAGUUCUGAGCUAUCGCUUCUUCUUUCAUGCAGCUUCUGUGUUGCGAGGAAGCAUGGUUCUGUCUAUGGCUGUACUAAAAAGAGUCCAGCAACCAGCUACUCCAUCAUCUCUUUCCGACCUCUUCUUUACUCUCUCAGCCUCACUCACUGCUCCAACUGUCAUUCUCUUGCCCAUUUCUUCUUUAUCAUCAACUCUAUCUCUCCUCCGGGAAAGGUCUAAAUGCUCUGUGAGGUCUUCAUUGUCUAGAAAGGGGUUAACAAACUUCUGCACGCGGCCAGGCUCCUUCCCUGCUGCACUCCCCCCUUCCCCUUCUUUCUUCACAGGCCGAUAUCACUUCAAGGCCACAGGCCUGUACUGGCUUUCUCUCUGUCAUCUUCUAGCUGGUGGGGGGGCUGCCUAAAUCUUCUCGGGGCCUCUCUCCCUCUGUCUUUCUUGGGGGGGGCUACCCAACGCUUCUUGGUGCUCCUCGCCACUCUUCUAUUUUGAGGGGUCAGGCUUACUUUUGCUGGGCUGCAGGUUUCCUCUCCCCCACUCAGCUCGAAGCCGGGCAGGGGAGGCCUUGCCUCUUUGCCGGCUGGAAAUCAAAAAGAGAGAGCUCAAGGGAGUGCUCUGCUUCUAACCCCUGUGUUCUCAGAGGUGCAUCUACUCUAAGUGGCCAAAGCUCUACCUUUACACUGCAUGUUUGAUAUUAUGAGUGAGGCUUUUCGUACUAUUCUCUUUAAAAUAUCUAAAUUCAAAUGUCUGAAUUGUGAAACUGCUGUAAUUCCAGUAUAGUAUGUUCAGAUAAGGGAGCUUUGUACCAGCCUUGAAGAGGAGUAAUAGGCAGCAUGGAAAAUGAACCAAGGUUUUGAAACAGCAAGUAAAUACUAGCUUAGUCAAAGUAUUUUUAAGCACAAAAAUGAUAUGUGCUUUGUUUUAUCUGUAAACAUCUAUACCUUAGAAGGGAAGACUCACAGAUAGCUACUAAGAGUUUAGAUGGUACAAAUACUACUUAAACACAAGUCAAUCUGUGCACAUACAAUUCCCGAGUAACUUGAAAGUAAUGUUUGGAGGUUGUGCUGUCAGGAUUUUAAAUAAGCACAGAUGGACAUUACAUAUAUGGACACUUUACUUCAAUCAGGAAACUGGUAAGGAAGUACAUAUCUUUUUAUAAAACAGAAAAUACAGCUUUUUAUUUCACGAUUUUGCUUUAAGAACACCUGAUGGAAGUUUUUGUAUUCUGCCUAAUAUGUGUUGAGUUGCUUUGUACUUAUGUGCCUUUUUGGUUGCUACUACAAGGAUUAUAUAGGACUAUUUUUGAGAAAUAUCAUUGUUAAAUAUAAUCAUGUUUGAUUCAGAUUUUUACUUACACAAUUGGAUUUUGUAGCAGGGUCGACCAUAUAUUGUUAAAUAUUCUACAUUAGGUAAGCAUAGUCUAUACUGCCUCAGUUCACAGAGACUGUUUCUGUGCUGGUUUUCAAAACUUUUCAUCUGUGUACGUUCAGAUAGAAUACCUAAAGUUGUGUUGGGGUGUUUCUGUGAUUGUUGCUUGACAUUGGAAGCAGUCAAAUCAUUAUCUGUGUAAGGUAGUAAAAGAAAUCCCAGUGUGAAAGAGAAUCCUUAUUUCAAUGACAUUUAUGUUUUCUCUGUUAACUGUGAAUAAAAGCCAGUGAGAAGCCAACAAUUUAGAAGAGAAAAAACUGUGCUGAAUGAGACUGACUCCCAUUUUACACACUGGAACUGAAGGGCAGAAUAGUCAUCUUGAAGACCCUCAGAGACUGAAAGAAAUGGAAAUUAAAUGUUAUGGCUCUGCUUUGAGCUUUUGAGCAAUUUUUGGCUGGAUAAUUGAAACCUGCAAAUUCGAGUGAAGUCAAGCCUUUGAUGUAUAAAUUUGGAACAAAUGAGGUACUUUGAUUCCAGUGUAGCAUAUUAAAUGGUUUUGGAGUUAAGAUAAGCCUGGGAAGGUAAGCAAAUAACCAUUGGCAUUGAAAUCCUAAGUUGUAGAAUCUGUAUUUAAUUCUUUCAUUUUACUUUAGGUUGUCUGCAAAUGGGGUAGAAUUUUUGUGGUGCUUAGAGAACUAACAAAACUUUUUAGAUACAUGGAUUUGUGUUGUUAUUUUUGUUCUUGGUUUGUUGGGUUUUUUUGCUUUUAAAUGAAGUGAUGACAGCUAAGGUAGAAGCAGAGUGAAAUUUCUAGCAAUUUCAAAUCUGUGACUAAGUAGUUCUGAUGAAAUAAAAGUUUAAAAAUGUUGCUAAGAAAUGCCAUAAUCUGAUUCUUUGACAAACACAUACCCACCAUUAAAACAUUGGUAAAAAUGCCUUUGUCCUUUUUUAUUGUUUACCAGUAUGUAGGAAAGAAGCAUUUAGAUCACAGUAAAGUGAAUACCUUGGUUGAUAGCAGCUGAAGUGCUCUUGUAAUAUAUAUUUUACUGACAGGUUAUAUGCAUGGUCUCUGUAAGAAAUUAAGACACUUAUGAGAUGUAACUGGUGGAGAGGGAAAUCCCUGGUCAGUUUAAGCGUAUCUGGCUCCUCUUCAUUUUGAGUUUUUUGAUAAAUGUCUCUGUCAUGGCAAGCAGUUGAAGAAAUGGGUGGCUCUGGGGAAAAAUGUUGAUUGGGUUAGGGAGACAGCAGGUGAUUCUGAUUAAACUUGUGACAUUUGAAAAAUCAGAAGCCUGUUAAGGUGCUUAACUGCCCAGUGCUCUUGGCUGAUAAAUAUAUUAACAAAUCUGUUAGUUGCUUUGUAGUUACAUUUGGAUGAAUUGGUAUUUUUCCAUCCAUUUCUUCAGAUGUGGACAUGAGACUGGAGUUCAGUGUAAACUAUUAAGUAGGAUACUGUGAGAUGAAUCAAACACAAGGACCUUAUCCCAAACUUCAAAGUAUCUUUUGAAAAUAAAUUUUGUUUCAAUUAAUUUAUGUAUCUCACUUUGCCACAUACUUGGAACAGAGUUUCAGCUAAAUGGAUAAUAAAUCCAGUAUUUUAAAUAGUGAAGAAAGAUAAAUGUUGUUAAUUUUUUAAAAUAGACUGUUAAUAUCUGACAGUUGAGCAGGAGGGCAUUUUAACUGUAAAACAUUGGUCAUUUAUUGAAAUUGUCAUGAUGAAACCAAUUUUUUACAAUAUAUGAGGACUGGGGUGGACUGGAAAGAAUUUAUACUUUCAAAAUAUUUUAUCUUGAAGAAACAUGUCUACAUCAUAUAUAUAUUCAUAUUUUAAGCAAAGAGAUUUAUUUUCCUUGAAUAUUUAAAAAUAAUUGAUUGCUAUUUGUGUAGUUUCAUGGAUUUUAUAGGAAAAACUACAGAUGCCUUUUCUGUUUAUUAUAGUAAUCAUUAUUUUUGGAUAGGAGGUGAAAUGCAUAAGGAGAGUAUUAAGAAAGAAAGAGACGUAUGGUCGAAUAACUUUGAUUUUAUUUUUUUUUCACUUUUGAAAUAUGAACCCAGUCAAUGCACAGAAUGGUGUACUGUCUCCUUUCUGUCACUCCAUCUGGACUUUAUUAUUUUAAACAGGGUUGUGGAGUGUUGGCAUUCACUGAUCUAUGAAGUUGCUACCACAAAAGUGUCUUGCAUCUUAAGAUGACUAGAGAAGUGCACAUGUAAAUUUACAGAGCUGUAAAUGCUGCUUAAACAGAGGAAAUAUUUACAACUAACACAAAGCAUUUGUACAUUAAACUGUUUCAGUGUCCUAAUAAAAGGAAAUGUCUGGAUAACAUUUCUUCUUGUGUUUUUAUGUUCUUUGGCAGUUUUCAUGGUAAUAAGGUAACAGGCUUACUCUGUCUCGCUGUUGAUAGAUUUUCCAGAUUUUGGUUUCCUGUCCAUUAUGUACUAGGUAGUUGCAAAAUAUGCAUAGUAGAAGUCACAGAAGCUACUAAAUCUGCUGAAGAGUACCUAUCAGGGAAGGACAGUUUAUACAUGUCCAAUUUCUAAUACUUUGGUAGCACACACUUGCUGAAAACUGCUAUUGCAAGCUAGACACUGGACCAGAUACAGUUUUGUUGUGAGUUUGGAUGACAUAUGCCCCAACUUUGAGACACUGUUA